AUGGAAUAUAAAAGACGUCUUGACAAAUUUCUUGAUUAUAUCUUUUAUAUCGAGGGUAAAAAUGGACAGAUAUCAUGUCCAUGCAUUGAUUGCGGUAAUCAAAUAUGGGUAGAUCGGGAGGAGGCUAGAACACAUCUGCUAUGUGAAGGGUUCAUUAAAGGUUAUACAAUUUUCCCUUUGAAUUCCAAACCAUGUGAUACGCCUAUGUUAGAUGCUGAAGAUGACAUGCAAGGGUUGGUGCAUGAUGCCUUCCACGGGUUUGGUGAGAACAGACUAGAAAGUGAAAUAGAAACUCAAAAUGAAGGUCGGAUUAUGCCAAACACAACUGCAAAAAAGUUCUAUGAAGUGUUGGAAGAUGCAAAGAAAGAACUAUAUCCAGGGUGUAAAAAGUUAUCGGUUCUUUCAUUUAUCAUCAGACUGUAUCAUGGCAAGUGUGUUGGGAAAUGUAGUGACAAGGGUUUCAGCUUGAUGCUUGAUACAAUGAGGGAAGCCUUCCCCGAUGCUUCCAUACCAAAGUCAUUGUAUGAGGUAAGGAAAAUCAUACGAGAGUUGGGACUUAGUUAUGAUAAAAUUGAUGCAUGUCCUAACAAUUGUAUGCUAUACUGGAAAGAAAAUAUCAACAAAACAAAAUGCGAUACAUGUCACACGUCAAGGUAUAAAACAAGUGAAGAUUCUAAAGAUGAGUCAACCACACCUAGUUCUGAAAAGAAGAUUGCAGCAAAGGUCUUCCGUUAUUUUCCGCUCAUACCACGAUUGCAAAGGCUAUUUAUGUCAUCUAAAACAGCUGCCUACAUGAGAUGGCACGAAGAGAGUCGCACGAAAGAUGGUUAUUUGAGACAUCCAGCAGAUACCCCAGUGUGGAAAACAUUUGAUUUUAAGUAUCCUGAUUUUGCCCGUGAAUCUCGUAAUGUCAGGCUUGGUUUAGCCACUGAUGGGUUUAACCCUUAUAGAACAAUGAGUGUUUCUCAUAGUACAUGGCCUGUUGUUUUGAUGCCAUACAAUCUUCCUCCUUGGAUGUGUAUGCAACAACCUUACUUUUUUCUAUCUUUACUUAUACCUGGCCCAUCUGCUCCUGGAAAUAACAUAGAUGUCUAUAUGGAACCGUUAGUGGCCGAGUUAAAGGAGUUGUGGGAUAUUAAUGGAGUAGAGACUUAUGAUGCAUCAACAAACAGUAACUUUCAGAUGCGUGCAUCUUUGUUAUGGACGAUAAGUGACUGUCCAGCUUAUGCAAAUUUAUCAGGCUGGAGCACCAAAGGAGAACUUUCAUGUCCUUCUUGCCAUAGGCAUACAAAAGCACAACGCUUAACUCAUAGCAAAAAAUAUUGUUUUAUGGGACAUCGUCGAUAUUUGUCAUGUGAUCAUUAUUUCCGAAAAGAUAAGAAGUCUUGUGAUGGCACAGAAGAACAAGAGAGACAACCACGUGGCUUAACUGGGUCAGAAGUACUUGAUGAGCUACAUGGUUUUGAAAUUAAGUUUGGAAAACUUGUGAAGAGCAACCCAAAUCUACCAUUUAACUGGAAGAAAAGAAGUAUUUAUUUUGAGCUACCAUACUGGAAAGAUAACUUGCUACGCCAUAAUCUAGAUGUAAUGCAUAUUGAGAAGAAUGUUUGUGACAACAUCAUUGGAACGCUAAUGAAUCAAGAUAGAAAGACCAAGGAUCAUGUAAAAGCACGCCUUGAUUUACAAGAAAUGGGUAUUAGGCCUGAACUUCAUCCGAAAGUUCAAAAUAACAACAAAGUGUAUCUUCCACCUGCUUGUUUCUCAAUGAAUAAAAAAGAGAAAGAUAUAUUUUGUCGUGUGCUCAAAAAGGUGAAAGUUCCAGAUGGUUAUGCAGCUAAUAUAUCAAGAUGCGUAGAGUUAAAACCUCCAAAACUAUCUGCCCUUAAAAGUCAUGAUAGCCAUAUUUUGAUGCAGCAGCGGCUUCCCCUUGCCUUGCGAAAUGUGUUGCCUAAGCACGUGCGUUAUCCUGUGAUGAAGCUAUGUCGUUACUAUAAUCAAUUAUGCUCAAAGGUUCUUAAUCCAAAUGAAUUGGUUCAAAUGGAAAUUGAGAUUGGAAAAAUUCUUUGUGAUUUAGAAAGGAUAUUUCCACCAUCAUUCUUUGAUGUCAUGGUUCAUCUUUCGGUUCAUCUUGCUUCAGAGGCCAAAUUAGGAGGACCAGUUCAUUACCGUUGGAUGUAUCCAAUCGAGAGGUAUUUAUCUACAUUGAAAUCUUACGUGCGAAACAAGAGUAGGCCCGAGGGUUCUAUUGCAGAAGGAUAUUUGGCUGAAGAAUGUUUGUCAUUUUGUUCAUUGUACUUAUCUGGUGAUGUCGAUACCAUACAUAAUAAAACUAGCCGAAAUUAUGAUGACGGUGGUUAUGAGGAUGUUAUACCUAUCUUUUCUAUGCCGGGUCAACCGAUUGGUGCUACAGUGGCAGAAGUACUAGACCUUGAAAUAUUGGAUAAAGCACAUUCAUAUGUGUUGUUCAAUUACACUGAAGUUGAUGAAUUUCGAAGAGAACACCUGGCGAUUCUUCGACAUGAAAAUCGGAAAUUACGACAGCAUCAGAUUGAACGUUUACAUAGUGAGAAAUUUGAGUCGUGGUUUCAAGAUCAUGUUGAGGAGUUGGAUGCUAGAGGGGAUCAUAGAAUCACAGAGGAUUUGAGGAACUUGGCAAGUCGUCCAACUGAGUAUGUGAAUAAAUAUAAGGGAUUUCUCAUAAAUGGUUUCAGAUUUCACACAAAAGACCUAGAGGAGAAUAGGAAAACACAAAACAGUGGAGUUAUGCUUGACGCCAUGACAAAUAGCUUCUCGAGUGCCAGAGAUAACAAUCCUAUCGUAGGUGAUGUAACUUACUACGGGGUGUUGAAUGAUAUCAUUGAGUUGCAGUAUGCUGUUGACAAGAAAGUAGUUUUGUUCCAUUGUGAUUGGAUCUCAAAUGGUUCAAGGAAAAAAGAAGAUGAGAAUGGGUUUACUCUACUUAUUUUUAAAGGUUUGAAGCCUCAUAAUGAGCCUUUUAUACUAGCUUCUCAAGCACAACAAGUAUUUUAUGUUGCAGAUCCCGUUGACAAGGGAUGGAAAGUUGUGAUCAAGACAACGCCGAGAGAUUAUUAUGACAUGAAUGAACAAACAUGUCUUGAUGAUGUGGAAUCGCAUUUGCAAAGUGAGACAUCUAUGGGUCCUCAACGUGAUGAAUAUUUGAAUAUUGAGUUGGUUAGAAAAGGAUCUAAUGUUAAACGAGAAGCACAACAUACCCAAAUGAGUGAUGUACAUGCCCAUAAAUCGAAAGGAAAGGAUCAGCUGAACCGUUCAAAGUUUCAAGAUGAGAAUGGACUAUCUGAUGUGGAUGUUACAGAAUCAACAAAACUCAAAAAGAUUAGAAAGUAUCACAGAAACAAAGCAGGUUCAAAAGCUAUGCUGGAUGUUGAAGUUAAUAAUGGACUAUCUGGUGCAGGAUUGGGAAAGCAACCAUCUUGCCCUUUUGUGUGA